AUGCGCGCUGAAAAAGCUCGGCCCAAAUAUCUACAUGUCAAAUCCAAGGCGUCAACUUGUCCAGGUGGUCGGUACGUCCAGAACCAAAGUACCGAGAAAAUUCAGAUUCCAAAAUACGAAUCAAAAUUGAGUGGAUUUGCGCUGUCUAUGCAUCUAACAUGUGAAAAUAACAAUCGCAUCAAGGACAACCCUGCAAGCCCCUCAACCAGUCCUCGAGGGAUCCCUUGGGCACAUGAACAGGAAAAGCGAAGUUUCGCUCUCGCUCUCGCUCCUUGUAAGAGCCACUUGAACAAGGAUGUCUAUCGAUGGAGGUGUGUUGUUGACCUGGAUGAGCCUCCACGGAGAGGCUCCACUGUAUGUUAA